AUGAACUUACAACCAAUUCAAGGCCAGAAAUAAGAAUCUAAGCUAUAGAAAGAGAUAAAAGUGAAAUUAUCAGAGAGCACAGAAACUGUUGCUGAUUUCAUAAAUGAAGACAUAAUAAAAAAGCAUAUGAAUUCAAGAGGAAAAAACUAUCCACAAGCUAGGCUAUACCAAAAAAAUGGAGUUGAGAUAGGUGGAGAGGACAUAUAGUAUCUAAAGACUGGGGAUAUAGUGUACCUAGCUCGCCAUGGCGAGCCCUUUAACUAUUAACAGAUUAUGGACAGAUAUGAGAAAAUAAAGUAACUAGGAUCAGGCGGAUUUGGAAAGGUUUAUCUUAUGAAAGAUAGAGAAAAACCAGAUAUGCUUUUUGCAGUAAAAAUUAUAAACAUGAAUGAGUACUUGCACAAGGCAGAUGGCAUUUUCGAGAUUGAUAGAGAGGCUAAAACUUUAAGGAUGCUAAAUUCAAAGUACAUCAUUCAACUUGAUAAUUACUUUAUCCAUGGGCAAAAAGAAGUAAUUCUAGUCAUGGAAUAUGCGCAAGGAGGUGAAUUGAAAUAGUAUGUAAACAGAAAAGGUGGAAAGCUCAGUGAGGUAGAGGUUCAAUUACUAAUGAGAUAGAUAGUUACAGGUCUUUAGUCUUGCCAUUAAAAAGGUAUCAUUCACAGAGAUCUUAAGAUGGAAAAUAUUUUAUUCAUGGACAAAGAAUGCACGCAUUUGAAAAUAGUCGACUUCGGAAUAGCUGGAUUUUGCCUUCGUCAUCUUCGUGAAAAAACUGAUGCUGGAACUUUUAAAUACAUGGCACCAGAGGUGCUUAAAAAUGAUAUCAAUUUAGCGAAUCCUUAAAUGGAUAUCUGGGCUUUAGGAAUUAUGAUGUUUCAUAUGCUGUUCGGAUUUCAUCCGUUCUUUAAUAAAAAAGAACGCUAAACAAAAGACUAUGACAUUAAAGUACUAAUUUAGAGAAUAAUAAAUGAUCCUCUUGAAAUCCCAAAGCCAGUACUACAAAAAGAAAACUAGGAAGAUUCUUAAAUCUUCCCAUCAAUAGUAAGAGACGAUGAUCAGCUUCAGAUACCAUUUAUAACUAACGAGUGUAGAGAUUUAUUAAUAUAAUUACUGCAUAAGAACCCUAAAGAAAGAAUCUAUCUUUCAGAUGUAAUUUAGCAUCCAUGGUUUGAAUUAACUGAAAAUCAAAUUCUAGAAGACCAUAGACUCUUAGAACAAAAAUUGAUUUAAGAGGAGUUUAUAAAACAAGAGAAAAUCAGAUAAAAAUUCCACUAGUAACUCCAAAAAAGGAAUACUGUAAACCUUCCAACUAUGAACUCUUUCGGUAAUGCUAGAGGUAAUUUAAGAGAUUUUAGAAUUAUAUUAGGUUAAUCUUUGAUGAAUGGUAGAAAAAUGAACACUCUUACACCUUUUGAUACAUUUUAAAAGAUUAAGGUUAGAGAUGACGAUAGCAAAAAUAAGAAGAAAGUGGUGCAGAAGAAGAUAGCCUAGUUUGAGUUAGAUGAAUUAGCAUCUGCAAUUAAAAGAUCGAAUCCAAUAAGUCCUGUGCAGCCUAAGAACAAUGGAAAUAUGUUUAACUUUGAGAAGAAGCUGCUGUGA